GGUUCACCAGACGAGGACAAUCCAACAACACCCCUCCUCCCUCAGGGCCUCACCCACCCACGACUUUCGGCUUUUCGCUUGCUUAUGGCUAAAGCCUCAAAACACGCUCUCAAACACUUCUCUGCACUAACACCCAUUCCACAUCUCCCGUUUUCAACUAUCACAGCUUUCAGGACAAACCCAUGAAAGAGUCGAAUCCAAGCACUGAGCCCAUAGGACAGAACCUAAUCAAAUUGAUAAGCAAUGUGUGUUUCUCAGUGUUUGUAUUCUCGGUGCUCGUGUUCACCGUGAUUGCCAUCACCUACCAACCCCCAGACCCAUGGCUUGAGUCGGCUCCGGCCCUGACCAAGCUAUUCACCCAAUCUGAAAACGCCACCUUCCAAAGUGACAAUUCUAUCCUCAAAACUGGGGAAGAUUUUCCUGUGGAGCGUGCCAUGCCACCUGAAAGCAAGCCAAUUACCGAGGCUGUGAUCGAGAAAGCCGAAGAGAAGAUUGCCAAUUCAACCCCGGAAUUUCAAUUGGCUUGCGACGAGUUCAAGCAGGUUGUGAAUUGUUCGGACCCACGAGUUCUGAUUGCCGUUGAGAAGUUCAAUUUACGGGUCUUUAAGUCCAUUGUGUUCUUGAAGUAUCAGAUGACAGCUAACGGGUCAAAACCGGAUGAGUGCGAUGUGGCAUGGAGGUUUAGGAAUAAGAAAGAGAAGUCAUGGAGGAAGUAUAGGGAUUUUAGGAGGUUCAAGUUUGGAAUUGGAGAGAAUUGUACGUAUAAAGUGGUGCAGGCUGGUGCAUGGCAUUCUGGUGUUAAUGCCCGGCAGCCUAGGAGUAGAAUCAGAAAUGGUACGAGGAGGGGCAGUGGAAAUAAAGCUAAGAUUGUGCCCCCACCAGUCCGGGAUGAGGAGAUCAAUGACACAAUCCCAAGUCUGGGAUCAUUGAUGAAUUUCAACAAGGGGAGGUACUUGUAUUAUUCCCGCGGAGGAGAUUAUUGUAAGGGAAUGAAUCAUUACCUUUGGAGUUUCUUGUGUGGUUUAGGGGAGGCUAUGUUUUUAAAUAGGACGUUCGUGAUGGAUUUGAGUAUAUGCUUGGAAGCAGCAUAUAAUCCAAGUAAUAAAGAUGAGGAGGGAAAGGAUUUUCGGUAUUAUUUUGACUUUGAGCAUCUUGAGGAGGUGACAUCGAUUGUGGAGGAGGGCGAGUUUUUGAUGGGUUGGAAGAAAUGGCGUCGGAGCCAUAAAAGGAAAGUUCCUACUAGGAAGGUUGUGAGUUACAAGGUGACGCCGAUGCAACUUAAGAAAGAUAAGAACACAGUUAUAUGGAGGCAGUUUGAUGCUCCGGAGCCGGAGAACUAUUGGUAUAGAGUAUGUGAAGGGCAAGCUGCCAAGUACAUCCAGAGGCCAUGGCACGCUCUUUGGAAAUCAAAGAGAUUGAUGAAUCUUGUUUCAGAAAUCAGUGGACGAAUGGACUGGGAUUUUGAUGCUGUCCACGUGGUCCGAGGGAAGAAGGCACAGAAUAAAGAGCUUUGGCCUCAUCUAGAUUCUGAUACAUCCCCUGAUGCCCUGUUUAUGAAGCUUAAAAGUAUGAUUCAGCCAUGGAGGAAUCUGUAUAUAGCCACAAAUGAGCCAUUUUACAAUUACUUUGAUAAAUUGAGAUCUCAGUACAAGGUACAUUUGCUCGAUGAUUACAAAGAAUUGUGGGGCAAUGCAAGUGAAUGGUACAAUGAGACAAUGCUUCUAAAUAAUGGACGACCUGUUGAGUUUGAUGGUUACAUGAGAGUUGCCGUGGAUACUGAGGUCCUUUAUAGGGCAAAGACACGGGUGGAAACGUUCUAUAAUUUGACAACAGAUUGCAAGGAUGGAGUCAAUACGUGCUGAACGGGCUGGGUUAUCUCCUAAUGUUUUGAUUCUUUGAGUCAAUUCUGGUUUGUUCUUUUUGUUCAUAUGUUCCUUUAUUGCUUUGACGAUCAUUCUUUAUGACUAGCUCAUAUCUGUAUUGUUUAAUGACUACCCCGGACCCAGAAGCUUCACAAAAGACUUCCUCAUUUGUUAUUUACCCAUAUGGGAGGAGAACUAAGUUUAUCAUGUAAAGGGAAGAGAAGAAGAAGAAGAAGAAGAACAAAGAGGAAAAGAAAGCUGUGUAAAUGAUAUUUCUGCUGGUCAAUGAAAGCUUUUUUUUCCUUAUAGCAUGCACUUGGAAUUUACCUCUUUGACAAGAUGCUAUUGGAAGAUUCAGGUGUUUUUUCUUUUUGCCCAUGUAAUGGGAAGCAGGGUAGCUUUGCCCUUUUGGCUUGUGAUUACAAUUCCUGUACUUGUUUUUAUAUAUCAAUUUAUUUUGGUGUC